AUGAAACACUCUAUAAUUGUUGAAAUCACAGGAAAAAUUAUGAUGAAAACGUUCGGACUUAUUUUGUUUUUCUCAUUGUCUCAAUCCGAAUACCUUUUUAGGCCAAACUUGCCUAUGGGAGAAUAUAAAUUGGUGUAUAAUAAACUAUAUCAUUGUGAACCAAAAAAAAACAAUCCAAUUCAAUUGAAUUGGUUUAUUAGUAAAAAGACAUCUAGCAUAACGGAGUUAAAAGGGAAUCUAACAUUUAUGAGACCUCUUGACGAUACUCUUAUACUUGAUAUUAACUUUGCAUCUUGGGGUUCAACUGGUGGUUGGAUACCAAAUUCAAAUAUCAUCAAAUCAAAAAAAGCAUUUAGUAGUGUAAAAUAUUUGUUUGGUAAUGGUUGGAUUAUACUUGCCAAGGGUUUUAAUAUGACAUCAGAUAGCUGUCCAGUACCAGUGGGUACAUAUAUUACAUCAGGGGUUGACUUUAAGAAAUUAGAAGAUAAUAACUUUCCCAAAGUAUAUUUUUAUGGAAAAUAUAAGAUUUCGAUUAGCUUUAAAAAUGUAGAAAAUGAAGUAGUUGGCUGCACAGUUGCGGAGGUUAAUUUGAUACGACCGUGGGAAACACCAAUUUGAUUAAAUUAUUCUAAAUAAUAAUUAAAGUUAUUGACUUAUUUUAGAACCAUAAAAUAUACAACAUUUAUUCUUUUC